AUGUGGUUCAUUUCUUUUUUAUUUUAUAAAUUGAUUUUUCUUUUUACAUAUGUGGUUCAUUUCUUUUGCUUACCUGCCUAUCAUUUUGGAUCUUCAUCUGGAAGUUUAAAAAAAGAAUUGGAAAAGAUAAAGAAAACUCAUGUUCAUGAGCUUAAGCCACCUUUGUGGAACAAGUGUGGUCGACCAAAGAAUGGUUUUGUCAUUUUGGAUGAUGGCUCAUACAUGUGUGCCAGGUAUCGGGAUCCUCACAGCAAACUUGUUUUUGGUGAAGUACUCUCAUUUUACCUGUCACGUCUUUUAGGCUUGGAUAACAUACCAGUUGUAAGCCUCUCACAGGUAAAUCACUCAUUGUUGCAAUGGAAAGGAAUUGAUUUUAACAGGCUGAAAUGGAAAGAAGGUAAUUUGGUAGCUUUAAUCCAGUGGAUUCCAGGAAUUUCAACAGUGAGGUCACAUGUAAAGAUGCCAGAAGCAAUCUAUAAUGCAUAUUUACAAAAGGAACCUUUAACAGGAGCCAACCUGAAUCUGAUGAAAUUAAAUGAUACUGCAAUAUCAGAUAUUGUGCAAUGGGGAAAUAUGCUCAUCUUUGAUUAUCUUACAGGCAAUUAUGACAGGUAUUUCACUGCUUUUGGUAUAAAAUUACAAACUAUUAAUAAUUUUCCUUCUAUUUAUUCUCUUCCUAUAAAACAAUAUCUUUCCUCCUACUCCUUUGUAUCUAUAUUCUCCUCCUAUUUUCUCCUUAACUCUAUCCUUCCAUUGAUCAUCUACUCCUGCCUCUUUCUAUCCCCCAACUCCUCUUUCUUUUCUCUUAGGUUUUGGCAACUGUUGGUCACUCUCAUUAAUACAGCCACAUCUUUAAAAAUGGCCAUUAUGUUCACUUGUGUCUGUAUACCAAAGGACAAAAUCAAAAUAAUGUUAUUUUGA